CAUUGGGCAGAAAUGGCGGCGCUCUGUCCAGGUGUUCACUAUGGUUUAUCUUCGCAACAAAAUUAUGGUGAAAAUAGAGACUUAAUUUUCGUAAAAUUAACGGAUUCCGCGUUACGUGCAAUAGAGGAGUAUCUAAAAAAUCAGAACAAAUUUUACAGUCCCAAACCGACGAUUAAGUUCCUAGGCAAUGAAAAUGGGGAACUGUCGUUUCCGUCUCUGCACCACAACCUGGCCGGCACCUCUUUCAGUUUCUCCAUGUCGAGUACGGCCGACAUGGAAGGCCAGGGUGGGAGCUUCGAAUGCAUCAAACAGGUAGGGCCCCAACGGGGCCACUUGGAAGGCCUCGGUUCCAUCCCCUACAAAAUCCGCAUCCACGCCAACGACGACGUUUACGAAGUUACCCGCAAUCGAAUGACUGAAGCCGAAGAUAAAUACAAGAAUAAAUGCACGAGAGAAAUCAAACCCAAUCAAACGGACAUCGGUCGCAAAGUGAAAGUGAAACAGAGCAGAGCGCCGCUGCACCCCGUGCGCCGGGAAAUGCCUUCGAUGCGCGACAGCCUGCUGAAGCAGUCGUCGCAGUCGCACCAACAUCACGCGAAGCCGUCCGCCGGGCCGGCUCCCGUCGCCGCCGCCGCCGCCUCGGCCGCAGCCGCUCCCUCGUCGCUCGUACAUUCGUCGACCAACGGUCACCUGUCCAACGGCUUGGGCAGCAACCACGUGAGCAGCACCCGGCCGCAGAUCAACGUCCCCAAGAAGCUGUCGGUGCCCGAGAUGCCGAGGCGUCCGCCCAAUUCCCCGAUAUCCAAUAGGAAGCCGCCGCAGACGCUGACGCCGCCGGGCGGCGGCGGUAGCGACGGCGGCAGCUCGGGCAGCGGUCAAUCGCCCACCAGCACGUUGCCGGGAUCGCCGCCAUUGAUCAGCACCACGUCGACGGGCAACAAACGUCCGGGCUUCCACGAGGGCCCCGACGGUUUCUCCUACAAGCGCCAACGUAUAGCCCAUAACGCACCUAAAAAUUAUAAUAAUGCACAUCACUCCGAUCCCGUGUACCACCCUCCAGCUGAAAAUAAUAGUCAAAGACGACCGGUGACCGAUUCGCGAGACGCGAGCAACAUGAAUCCGCGGAGCAGGGAGUCGCCUUCGAACGGCGGCAACGGCGGCGGAGGAGGAGGCGGCGGCGGCGGCGCGUACGGGUCGGUCAACGGGCAUAAUACUUACAUGACGCCGGACGUCAAGCAGGAAUCCAGCGACGAUGAAAACGAGAUUGGAAAGCGAGUGUGUGAUAGUCAUUUUGAUGUAAGCCAAGAAAAGACAUUUGCGGAUAUGCGCAGCGUAUCGCCGGCGGUGAAGAUGCUGCAGCCCGACAGGCAGAACGGCGCGCUGAAUCGAAUAGCGAACGGCGUGAACGGGAACCACCAGCAGAGGCAACAGGUGGCCCAGAGCGGGGGCCGCAAGCCGGGCAAGUACGCGAGCGUGUCGUCUUCGACGGAGAAUAGCAUAGCGAGGGUGAGUCCGGAUAGCCAGACGGAGGUGUUGGCCAACGGCGAUGUAGAUAAUAAUUUUAGCAUGGAAAAGGAGAACGAGUAUCCGGAUUAUAAAAAGCAAUAUGUUACCAUAAUGGACGGCGAUCAAAGGCGUCGGUAUAAAACCGAUUUUAACGCCGAUUACGCGGAGUAUCGCGAUUUGCACAGCAUCGUCGAGAAGGUUUCGAGAAGAUUUGCUCAAUUAGAGGAGCGACUCAAGCAAGAGGACGAGAAUAGCCCUAAAUACAAAGACAUCAAGAAACAAAUAGUAAGAGAAUAUAACGAGAACAAAAAGAAUAUGGAGCACCAGCGGGCGAAGCGCAGAUUUCAAUAUCUGCACGAUAAACUGUCGCACAUCAAAAGAUUAGUUAUGGAAUACGAUCGAGAAUUGACGGACACUCAGUACUGACGCUGGGCGGAGGCGGCUUUAGGCGUUCGUGCGAUGUCGACGCCUGGCCCCUUGACCACCCGCUGCCUUUUGACGGAUAUUCUCCAAAAGGACAUCACGAAACGGAUAAAGCAAAUCAUCAUAAUCCUAUCUCAUUUAAUAUAUACUUAAUUAGUGCAAUUCGGAGUUGCGGCCACUGUGAGAUCUGACUUAAUUCGACUAGGUAAAACGGAAGUUUUGAGUUCUCUUAAACGCAGUCUAAUGGUGAAUGUUUGGUAGAAAACGACAAAAAAAAAGGGAAAAAGUUUGAAAAAAAAUCGUUGGGGAUUUAAACUUUUGCGGUGAAUAACUGUUGAUAAACGUAGGAAAGUUGUAUUUUUUCUAAAUUUGCCGGAAAGUUGCUAAAUGCUCUCAAAAAAAUAUUUUCAUAUUCUUAUCUAUAUUAUAAAAAUUUGACAAAUUAACAAAAAAAAUUUUAAAAGGAAUGAAAAACUACAAAACUAAAAACUAAAAAAAUAUCGAAACAAACUAAACGACCUUAUAUUAUUACAUUUUAAAUUAAUUUCUAUUUUGUUAAUGCUUAUUGUAAAACGAAACAUUUCCCAUUCAGAUUGGAUAAGAGCCCGAGAAGGAACAAUCUUUGAUUAUUCAAAUUUUGUUACAGUUAUUUUUGUUAAUUGUUUGUUUUUUGUGAAUGCUUUAUGGUACAUUCCAAUUUUAUUGUGCCAGACGGACAGAUGCGGAUUGUUACGUUGUUUCAAUAAUCGCACAGUUUUUAAUUUGUUACGAAAAUUUGUUAAUAGUGGGAAAGCCGUUGUAUUUUGGCAAGACAAAGACGAGCCUUUUUGUCCGUUUAAUUCGUGUAAAUUUCUUUCCCCUCGCAUUGUUUUUAAUAUUAUCUUUUUUUAUGUUUACUGUUAUUCUAUUGCUAUGUGCUUGUUCUUUUCUCCAUUGCUACUUGGUUAGCUAAGAAAUUGACAAACUUUUAAAAUCUUUUAUGACGCAAUUAUUUAUGGAACGUAACUCUCUGUAUAUCACUUGUCAAGUUGGAUCUGGUGGAGGAAAAACUCAAUAAAAAAAGGUAUUCGAAAAUUGUUAUUGAAUACUGUAAAAAAAUAUGAAAUUAUAUUAACUUAUGCAGCAAGAAAGUGUUUUUUGAUGUGGUUUUAAGGUAUACAAUUCUCGUCCAAAAAAAACGAAAAGCCUCUUAUAAUAAUCAACGUUUUUUUAUUAAAUAAAUUGUUUAUUUUGCAUGCAAAAGCUGUAUGUAAAUUUUAAUCGUGGAAACAAAAAUCUAGUAUCGAUUAUUUUGUUGGUAUAUAAUACAUAAUAUUAAAAAAGAACGUAUACAGGUUGUGCGCUAGAUAAGAGUUCAUCAAAAUAGUCCGGAAGUUCCCUGCUUCAAUCUAAAUAAUUUCCUUCGUGGGACUCCCACAAGAACCUACAGAA